AUGCGCCGAAGGGGAAACGGAAACUGUAAAUAUUGCCACGGGGAGGCUAAGCCGGAUGUAGACGAGAAGCUGGGGCGAUUCUCCACACUCGUCAGCGGGGGCACUGGUGCUGGCGCGCAGAACGUGGUGCAGCAGGUCAAGCGGUGGUGGAAGUGGCGUGGCAUGGUUUUCGUGAGGCCACGGGUGGUCUCGGGCAGGAUGGGCAUGCUGGAUGAAUGGCUGGAAACGAGUUUCUCGUUGGGCAUCGGCGUGGCUUUCUGGAAUAGCUGCGUGCUGUCGAUUUGA